AUGGGCAGAUAUCACCAGAGGUCGGAACUGCACAGAAUGGAGAUCGAGCAUCAUCAGGGUGACCUAAGUUCCUUUGUCACCCUGGGAACAGGAAGUAGCCCAGCCGGAGCCAGACAGUGUGGAGCGUACAGUCAACCAGAGCAGAAGUGGAGAUGCCCAUGUGGAGAGGUCCAUCAGAUUCAGAAGCAGUCUUUCUACCACCAGGGUCCCAUGUGCAAAUGUGAGAGGGUUAUCCGUACGCCAUAUAUGGAGGUGUUUUGUGAGCUUGUGUAA